GGCUGUGCUGCUGUGCUAACUAACGGUGCAGGUAAAUAGUAAAAAAUAAAAAUAUUCUGUGGGUAAAUUUAAUAAAACUAAUACAUAGUUUGGACUUUUGAGUACAAUAACAUAUAAAAUGGCUGAGAUAGACCUCAAGGAAUUGAGAAAACAGUGUGUCACUAAUUUGUAUAAAUGUACGGAUAAUGUAUCAAAACACAUAAAACCUAAUGAGAAACCGGCAGAAUAUGAAAAACUUAAGUCACUGGUGCACGAAUACUGUGUAAUGGAAACCCACGAAGAUGUAACAAAUCAAGCUUUAGCAAAAACAAAGAAUGAACUCAACUCAACAUGCAAUUUAGAUUCAUUGGACACCACAUUUAAAACAAUCUUAGCUAGUAUGACAGAUAAACACUUAAGUAUUAAGAAUCAUCCUUAUAUGUUGGAGAUGAAUAAUAAAAUUAAGAAGGGUAUGCAGAAUAAUAGGAAUAAUUUAAAUGAUUCAGAUCUGGCUAUAACAGAAUCCCAAGAAGUACAUAUUGACCCAAUCACAAAGAAGAGUAUUGUUGAUCCGGUGAGGAAUACUCUCUGCGGGCAUAUUUAUGAGCACAGUGUCAUCAGAGAUAUAAUCAAGAAAAAGAAGCUGAGGUGUCCGGUUGCUGGUUGCGGCAACCGCGAACUAAUUCAGGAGGGUCACCUUGUCUCCGACGACGAGCUCCGGUUUCGAAUGACGCUCACUCAUCACUCCACGAUGCUACACGAACGAUCUACCACACAGCUGGAUGAUACUCAAUAAAUAAUCUAGGCGCUGGCUUUUCUGGUAGACCGACGACGUGUAGAGACACGUCGGGAAGAGCGCCUACGUCAUACGGAUUCUCUGGGAGACGCGAUUGUGAAGGACUAAAAGAAUGCCUCAGACCUGAGAAGAAUGGGCGCAACAAACUCAGCGGGCCUUUUUUUCAUCCAAAAUAUGUUUACAAAGUAAUGUUGUAAAAUUAAACUUAUUAUUUAAUAGCCUGAGGGCGGUCACUCCAAUCCCAAUCUGUUGUAUCAUUAAGAAAGUCAUUUAUGUUAUAGUAACCUUUACCACACAAAGGUUUUUUAAGAAUUCUUUUGAAUAUCGUAGUACUUUUGUUUUGAACAUUUUCUACGAUCUUGUUGUAGAAGCAUAUACAUCGCCCCACAAAAGACUAACUAACUCGACUUAGUCGAGUAGUAGGCCUAUUUGGAAACACGUUUUGUUGAGUCUUAGAACAACUUACAACACACAUGCACCUCCAAUUGGUUCGAGACCAAUCCGUACAUACACUGUAAAUAAAUGUUUCUAUUGGAGCAACAAAAUAGUAAAAGAUGUGAACAUUUUUAGAAGAAGAAGGGUAGGAUGAAGUUCUUAUAUUAAAAAUAAAAAAUAAUGAAAUAUUCUCGAGUCAGCGAUAAUAUAUUUUAUGAUUUUUUUCUGAUGUCCUUAAAGUAUUACUCGUACUAAAUAAAUUCAUUUCAAACUGGGACACAGCGGCGUGUGCCUGUCCUUAGGGCUUACCAUCAACUUUUAAUAAGCGAUGCGAAUCCGAUGCAGUUCAGUUUAGGUACCUAAACUGAAUCACUAAAAUUCGUACUAUGAAGUACCUUUUACUGAAUGGCGUUUGGACCGCUUAUGAAGAAUGAAUGAAAUAAAAUUGCGUUUCAAAACCUAAAAUGAUAUGAUUUUAGCGGAUUUUUGCGUAGAAAAUACAUUUUAAAGAUGCGCAAUUGCGUCAAAUUAUAAACCAUUAAGUAAGCCCUUUUUUAUACUUAUUAAAUAAUAGUAAUAUAAAUAAAAAUAGUUCUUUUAAUUACAAAUUAAAUGUUUGCUUAUGUGUUUUCGUAAAAAUAAAGAGUUAUGAACGUAUGGAGGUACCAUUGAUGUUUGAUUUGACAGGACCACAGAGUACAUUUUUUUUAAUUCGUUCUUGCGAACAGGCUAUAUAGCCCGGGCCCUUACUGCCUCGUCUUUAGUAUUUUCAUUUUUGGUAUUUAUUUUCAGUUUUUUGUUUGACAAAAAAGUCCAAUAAAGUAUUCUCAUCUCAUCUUUUAUCAAUAAAAUUAUUCUUUUCUAUGUUUUCACUAUAUUUUAAAAGUUAUUAACAACACGAUUCACUUUCCUCUAAGGAAGUAGCAACUUUUUUCGAAUCAGUCACUUUGACACAUAAGCUAUCCAGUUUAGGUUGAAAUAUUACCUCAUGGUACGAAUGAAUGAACGAACUAAAUCAGUUUGCGAUUCAGUUGACAUAAUUUUUGACAUUCAAUUAACAUCAUUGCGAUUUAAUCAGUUGAUUUGACGUUUACCUAAAUUAGAUAGCUCUAAUCACGUCGUGGUACGAAAUAGCAAAGCAGUUCAUUUUAGGUUGUCAAUUGAAUCGCAAUUAGAGUUCAUGGCAGUCCCGCUUAUCUAUAAAUGAUAGUGCACGUGUGGAGUAUGAAGUCGCCCACCUGGCCUGCCCGCCGUGGACGUGUCUGAGAAGCCAGCACCGACCAUAUUUGGACUUAACAUUCCAACGUUGUCGGCCGCGGACACUCGCCAGUCGCUAGCGCCUUGAUGUGCUGUGAAGCAUCCUAGCGAAACUAAGAAAAAAGUGAUUCCCUCGAUUGUAUGAAACAUUGUGUCAUUGAUAGAUUGACAGAUGACGGUUAUGUUCUUGUAUAAACGGAGAUAGCCGAAAUCCACUACCUAUGUUUUAAGCAACUGUUCACUUUCAAACGUAGCCUGAUUAUUCUUCGUCGCCAAUCACCAUACUGUAAUUACUAACUAUUUCAAACUUAUGUCAAAUCACUGCACGUUUCAUACUAAACUAAAUUUAAAUGUUUAGUUAGGCAGUCCCGCCUCUUAUUUCGUAGUAUUUAAAUCCUCUUUGUGAAGAUAACUGCAAGUUCCGGUUCCGCACCACCAUCUGCCACUCCUUAAUUAUAAACAUCAAGUAAAGUUGCAAUAUAUUUAAAUAAAACAAAGUACCUCGUGUUCAA